CGUUGCUCUUCCCCCUCCCUACCCAAUACAAUGUUGAAGCCCUGAAGACCUUUGUCCAUGAUUGUAGUUCCCAAGUUCAGACCGAUGUAAAGGCAUCGUGAAGGGCGUUUGUUGAUCAGUCUUAUCAAUAAUGAUGAAAAACUAGCUUCUUCUAAAAAAACAUUUCCAAUUCAAGAGAAGAGUGCAAAACCAGACCCCAUUAAUGAUGAAAAUGGCUAAAAUCGACAUCAUGACCAAAACGGCUGAAAAACCAUUCCCUUUGGGGCUGCACAUACGUAUAUAGCCCAUAUAAAAGAAAUAGGUACCCUUAAUUAUUUCUUCGCGUGUAACCCUGAAAGACACCAGGACCACUAAAAUUGCUGGCAUUAAUUUCCUCCUGUACACCGUGAGUGAUACCAACGACCAGGAUCCACGUCUUUUUCAUCUGGGAGACCCCCUGGGAUCUCCCCACUCCCGCCAGGAAGACCUCCUAACCAAAGCCUUGAACAGUGUAACAACGCCCUCGGACCUAUUUAUCUUCAGGAGAGUAUACUACGAGUAGUCCCUCUUUCGCUUAGUCCGUCGAGCGAGGAAAAAAUGACCGCGCGAAAUCCUGGGGACGAGACGCGCGCGACUCCCAGGACGUUUGCGCGGCCAUUUUUUCUCGCGGUUUUCUCUCGCGUCACGCACGACGGUCUAAUAUUGAAAGAGGGACUACUCGUAGUCUAUCAGGCUCCGUAAUCAGGAGAGCAACCUUGUUCCCAGGGUCUCUCAUCUUACCGCCUCAGGAGGCGGUAAGAUGAGAGACCCUGGGAACGAGGUUGUCAGGAGAGCGGAUCUGCUGCGCACGGAGUCACGGACUAACAGAAAGGGCGAUGGAUAGUACAAGUUUUCUAUCCUUUUUGCCAUCCUGGAUCAUCCUGGUUGUCAUUGCCCUGUUCACUAUCUAUUUCGUCGCUCGUUUGUUGCCAAAAUCAAAAAUUGACCUGAAGGGAAAGUAUGUUCUUAUCACGGGCUGUGAUCGCGGCUUCGGUAGGGCAACAGCCAGAGCACUGGACAAGAUGGGAGACUGUGUUUUGGCGACUUGCUUAACGAAAGAAGGAGAACAGAGUUUGAAAUCGGUGACGAGUGAAAAAUUGAAAACAUUCCAGAUGGAUGUGACAAACUCGAAGCAGAUCAGAGAUGUAUACAGCGAAGUGAGAAGGGAAAUUUCUUCAGCUGGAUUGUGGGGUCUGGUGAACAAUGCUGGAAUUAUUUGCUGCAGUCCCAUAGAAUGGACACCGCUAGAUGACUUCAAACGCUCCGCUGAUGUUAAUCUGUGGGGAAUGAUUGAUGUCACUAAAACCUUUCUUCCUUUGUUAAAGAAGACCCCUGGACGAGUGGUUAAUUUAUCAAGCAUGUUAGGGCGCCUUACAGUCCCCUUUUAUGGAGCAUAUUGUGUGACCAAAUAUGGCGUGGAGGCAUUUUCGGAUGCCCUAAGGCGUGAGAUGCAGCCCUGGGGAAUCAAAGUCAGUAUGCUGGAGCCAGGAGCAUUUUUAACAGACCUUAUUUCUCCUGCUUCGCUUGAGCAGCAACUGAGACAGCGAUGGAACGCACUGAGUGAUGAGCUAAAGAAUGACUAUGGAGAAGAAUACUUGACGAGAGCUGUUGAACUGCGGAAUGAAGCAUUUCGUAACUUGGAUAUAAACGAAGUUGUCAACACGAUAGUGGAAGCCCUGAUGUCAAGUUCUCCGCGUGACCGCUACUUGGUUGGCCAAGAUGCCAAGAAUUUUCUUGUAUGGCUAACUAGGUUACCAACUUCUGUUGCUGAUUAUGUCAUAUGUGCAUCUGUUAAACAACUUCAGCCACGAGGAGCCUCGGUGUCUUAAAACGAACUGGAAAACAAACACUAAAGACUCAAACAUCUGCAGCACAUCUCGUAACAAUACUGAGAUAACUACAGGGCGUGUUUAAAACACGAAGUGGCAAAGCGGUUUUUUUUUCUUUUCACUGCGUUUUGGCCAUAUGAAAAUGUGAAAUUUCAGUUCCAGAACCGCAAAGGGUUAGGACCUGGCACUUGUCAACUGUGAGGUCAAAAGGAGAACAUAGGUCGAUACAUUUUUCAAACCAAACAAAUAAAGACGAAAACAUUAGUGCAAUAUACGUCUAGGAAUAAGCCAAUUAAGUGUAAUUCCAAUUUUGGUUUACCUUGCAAACGGCUCCCUGCAAGCGAAGCGAGCCAACGAGAGCGGAAAAACAAGAAUUCGGCGAGUGGGUCGAGGAGGGUUCCGUCCUACUCACUUCGCUCACCAAAUUCUUUUUUCCUUUGGUUCAAAAUUGUCAACAUUUGUGAAAGAUAUGUAGACCUACGUUCUUGUUUUGGUGUCACAGCCUGACUACAGUGAAACCUGUAUUAAGCGGACACCCUUGGGACCCUCACUAGUGUCCGCUUAAUACAGCUGGGUGUCCGCUCUAAGCAGGUUCUAAUAUAUUGUGCAAUAAUAGUUGAUUAUUUAACCUUUUGUAACUCAGUGAAGCACAGUGUAAGAAUAGCACAAUGUUCAGUCAGGCAAUGCAUCAAUCUGGAGUAAUCUACUUAGCUUUGAAAUGAUAUCGCUGAACAAUGUUAAAGGAGUCUGGGCUGAACUUUUAGAAGUAGAAAGCCCUUGAAGUGUCCGCUGAAUGUAGGUUUUGUGCGACAAAAUGGCUUAAUAUUGGUGUCCGCGUCCGCUUA